GCGUGCGUGUUUAAAGUCGGCCCCCCGCGGACGCCCGCGCUUCCUGGCGCCAGGCGGCUAGCCGGCCGCAGCUGGGGCUUCGGGCCGGACUCGCUGCCCCCGCCCUCCUCCUUUGAGCGCUCGGGGCGGAGCCGGGCGGGCGCGCGGGGCUCCCGCCCCUCUCUCGGCGGUCACCUGGGGCUGGGCGCAGCAGGUGUCUGGUCUGGCACCCAGCGCCGGGAACGCGGAGCGCAAGCCGGAAACCGCUGCACUUCGGGUGGCCCUGGGAGGCGGCGGCCGGGGCCAACCCCCGAAUUCCGGAGGCGACCGCCAGGACCUAGCCCGUGGAGGAAGGUCCUGCGAGGAAACCGGCUCGCUCCGCCCCACCUUUUGCAAAAGACUCGGAGUUGAAUCAUUGGGAAUUUGCCACUAGGGAUCAGCGCGGCUGCCGUGAGAAUCACGGGGAAGGGGGAACCUGCGGUUUAAACACUGUUGAAGAGACGUGACACAGCAGUGCAGUCCGUCUGCGAACGUUGGUUGGAUUCUGAUUCGAAGGGGAAAAAGUUCAUGAAACAUUGAGCCAAUAAAAGAAAUGUGUACUGAGCUUGUUCACACUGGUAUGCCAGGUACCAAGAGUAAGAUCACCGAAGGCAGUAAAAUUGAAAUUGGAAGACUGUCAGCCAAGAAAGACCUACUAGAGGAAGCAGAGGAUGGAAAAUAAAGUGAAGCAGUGUUUUGUUGUGUGUAUUUCAGCAGGCCUUCUGCAGUUCAACUAAAAACAUGACUGCUCUUUCUUCCGGGAACUGCUCUUUUCAGUACCAGUUACGUCAAGCAAAUCGGUCCCUAGAUGGUAACUGUCUGCUAUUCUUGAUAAUACUUGGGAAAGUAUUACUAAAUACCCUCACACUAGGAAUGAGAAGAAAAAACACCUGUCACAAUUUUAUGGAGUAUUUUUGCUUUUCACUAGCAUUCAUUGAUUUUUUACUUCUAGUAAACAUUUCUAUUAUAUACUACUACAGAGAUUUUGUACUUUUAGGCGUUAGGUUUACUAAAUACCACAUCUGCCUAUUUACUCAAAUUAUUUCAUUUACUUACGGUUUUUUGCAUUAUCCGGUUUUCCUGAUAGCUUGCAUAGAUUAUUACCUGAAUUUCUCUAAAACUCCAAAGCUUGCAUUGAAGUGUCAAAAAAUAUUUUAUUUCUUUACAGUAAUUUUAAUUUGGAUUUCAGUCCUUGCUUAUGUUUUGAGGGAUCCAGGUAUCUAUCAAAGCCUGAAGGCACAGAGUGUUUAUUCUUAUCAAUGUCCUUUCUACAUUAGCAUUCAGAGUUACUGGCUGUCAUUUUCCAUGGUGAUGAUUUUAUUUAUGGCUUUUAUAACCUCUUGGUCAGAAGUGAUUGCCUUGGUGCAGGCUGUUAGGAUGACUUCCUAUAUGAAUGAGACUAUCCUAUAUUUUCCCUUUUCUUCCCAUUCUAGUUAUACUCUGAGCUCUAAGAAAACACUCUUGCCCAAGUUCAUUAUCUGUUUUCUCGGUACCUGGCUACCAUUUGUACUACUUCAAGUAAUUAUCCUUCUACUUAAAGUACAGAUUCCAGCAUAUAUUGAGAUGAACAUUCCGUGGUUGUACUUUGUCAAUAGUUUUCUCAUUGCCACAGUUUACUGGUUUAAUUGUCACAAGCUUAAUUUGAGAGACGUUGCUUUACCUGCGGAUCCUUUCGUCAACUGGAAAUGCUGCUUCAUUCCACUUACAAUUCAUAAUCUUGAGCAAAUUGAAAAGCCUAUAUCAAUAAUAAUUUGUUAAUGUUGCCAUGUGAAAACUAAUUGAAACUGACAACUACACUAAGAAUCAUAAUUUUACAAAUGGGAAAGAAUGAUGACUCCGGACAUACAAAGAUUGAACUGAAACCGCCCCCCACCCCAUGCCUCCAGCCCCAACUUUCAUACCUUUUCACAAUGUGUCUUUUGGGGCUAUGGUAUUAAAAACAAAAUAAUUCCAAGAAAAAUGUUUAUGCCUGUUCUGGAACACUGCAUGUUGCAAAUACUAAUUUAGCAAAGAAGUGAAACGAGUUAAUAUUUGGCCAGUAAUACUGAUCUGUGUUACCCAAAAAAUUACUGGAUGCAAACUGUUAUGUAAAUCCGAGAUUCACUGCCAGUAACAUACAAAUGUAACUAAACACUUUUAUUAAAUUCAGAGCAAGAAAAUCAAGA